AUUUACUGUAAUAUGAAAAGGCAUAUUGAGGUUGGAAUAAUAAAAGCGAAUACGCGACAAACGCCAAAAUUAACAAGAUUAAAAAAAGUGAAUAAUAAUUAAGUUCAUAUAAUAGUGCAAUUUGAAAUUAGUUUUGCUAAAAUUCAUUUGUACUACACACUUGUGUAUAUAGAAGUCUUUCCACAACCUUUAGGCUACCUUAAUCCGCCAGAAGUUAUGGAUAAUCCAUCAACGCAAAUUGAUGAUCUAAAGUUGUUCUCCUCUGACAAAUCUGCCUUUGAUCUUCAUUCUAAAACUUCAGAAUCCUCCAAAUUAGCUGAUCAUGGUGAGACUACUAACGAUGUUCUUGAAGACUUGGUCGAACAAUAUAUUGGAGGAUCAUUGAGAUGGACUCAAGUUUUACAAGUCAUCCUUAUUUCAAUGGCUUCUUUCUUUGAAGCUCAACAAACUUUCAUAACCAUCUUCACUGAUGCCAAGCCCUCUUGGCACUGCAAACAAACUCCAACAACCUGCGAUUCAUCCUCUCCUGAUGUCUGCAAACUUCCACUAAAUUCAUGGGAAUGGGAUCGGCCAGCUCAAACUUCCGUCAUAUCUGAUUGGUCCCUUUUGUGUACAACAGCAAGUAAGAUCGUUUCAGGGUUGCCUGCUUCUUCCUUCUUCAUGGGAAGUCUCCUUGGAGGAAUCAUUCUCGGCUUCAUCGGAGACUCGAUAGGUCGAAAGAAGUUGUUGACCUUGUCAUGUUUCACUAUGUCCGCGGCUUCUAUGCUGAUUUUCUUCUCCAACAACAUCUGGGUCUACUCGGGUUUGAAGGCGAUAAGCGGAUUAGGCCGCGCUGCCAUCGGAUCAUGCGUCCUGGUUUUGUCAACUGAGAGUGUCGGAAAGCGAUGGAGAGGCAGAGUUGGAGUUGUGGGAUUCUUGUGUUCUACACUUGGUUAUAUGUCUUUACCUGCUUUAGCUUAUGUUCUCAGAAGUCAUUCAUGGAAGAAUCUGUACCUCUUAACAUCCGCUCCGGCGAUUCUUUACAGCGUUUUGGUGGUUUUAUUCGCUUAUGAAUCGCCCAAAUGGAUGCUUCAACAAGGUAAAGUACGCAGGGCCGCGGAAGUUCUCAAAGCAUAUAUAGAUCCUAACUGUUACUAUGAUUAUUCAAGCUUUUCUAAAGCUGUAGCCUCUAGUACUUCUCAAAAGAGUCCUACCCGUGCUCACGAGAACAGAUCAUUUGUUUCACUUUCUGUGUACGACUUGUUCUGGAAGGGGGACAAAACCACCCUGCGACAGCUGAUUGUGGCAAUGCUCAUUGGAUUCGGGGUCGGUUUAAUCUACUACGGCACGCCAUUAGGCCUCGGGGGAUUCGAGUUCAACCUCUACUUAACCGUCGCGUGCAGCGCAACGUUGGAGGUGCCAUCGGCGCUGAUGACAUUCUAUUUGGCUAAAUUCCGGCGAAGAGUUUCGCUUCUUUCAUUAUGUAUUCUAAGUGGUGCGUGUGAGCUUCUUUCCAUCUUGGUUGGGAAAUGGAUUUGGAUGCAAUUCUUGUCGUUCUUCAGCGCUUGUACGGCGUUUAACUUGUUAAUUAUUUACACGGUGGAGCUGUUUGAAACGAGCGUGAGGAAUUCGGCGGUUUCAAUGGUUUGGCAAGCCAUUGUGUUAGGUGGAGUCAUUAGCCCUUUGGUCAUUUCCAUAGGCGAAGGCUACAACGACAAUAUUCUACCACAUUUGUUGUUUGGUUUGUUGAUUUUCAUUUUAGGGCCAUUGGUUCUUUUACUUAAAGAAACCAUGCCUGGUCGACCUCAGCGUGUUCACCAAAGUUAAUUCAUUUGUAUAUAUAGGUGUCGUGUCAUAUACUACCUUUUUCCGCAC